CGGGAAAAUUGCUCGUCACGUGCUUUUGUAGAACUGCAGAGGAUUUGUCAUCCUUUCCUUUUUUUUUCGUUUGACAUCUUUGCCUUUUUCUUGCCACAUCAUGGAGGAAGCGGCAACACCAUGUUUGGCCAAAAUCAAAGAGUUGCCAUUUGAAAUCAUCACCGAUAUUGUAAUACGACUCGAUGUGUGUUCGACCAUGAAUUUGAUGGAUACAUGCCGUCACUUCCGAUACCCCAUGCUCGCAUCUACCUAUAUUUGGAGACGCAUCGUUUUUGAUCUUCAGUACGGCUCCCUGCAUGCUAUUUAUGCCGCGCUUCGCCGGUUCCGAGACUCCAACGGAUUACGGUUUCUCGUCCGAGAGAUUAAUAUGGACAACACGGACGAUUCCAUGUUCUCACCCAUUGUCAUGCUUGUCAAGUUUCCCAACUUACGGCAUCUAAGUGUGAAGAAUAGACGAUUCAACACUAAUCUCGAAGCCGAUACCAAAGUUUUGCAAGAAAUGUUAAAAGGUGGAACGUUGAAGCCGGGCUCUUUACGUCUGCAGCGACUGGACAUAUACCAUUACUACAUGGAUUUUGAACCUCAUCUGGCUGUAUUCCAAAAGACUUUGAAUCGAUUAUCCGAGGAUGCCAAUGUUGUCUUGGAUAUACGGAAAUGCGGUUAUCAGGCCGACGGAGACAUGCAUGGCUUGCAGCAGCGCAUGGGGAAUCUGAGCUUGCCAAACAACAACCCCGACGCUGCCGUACCCGAGGACGGCCAGUUGGACCGACCACCGAGAAACGAUGUUGGUUGCCAGAGAAUUAUCAACAUAGGCAUGGCAUGCUGGGCAUGUGACCAUGUAUUUGUUCACUGCUGGAUCUGUCAACCCCGGUGCAGUGGAUGCCACAUCAAACGGAUUCCACCUCUCGCCAAUCAACAGCAACGCAAACUACGCGAAAAACAACGAAAACUCAUUGCCCAACGCAACCGUGCUCCAGAAAAGGAAGAGGAAUUGGAUGAAUUCAGUGUUUUUGGAAGGAUUUAAAACUGUUCAUAUUUCACAUCAUCAUCAUCAUCAUCAUUAUAUAGAAUUAGAGGAACAUUAGAACCGCCACAUUGCCCUGCCUUAAACCGUGCCAUAUUCAUUACUUUUUUUUGUAUCAUACCACACACCACAUACACACUCAUAAACAUUAAUAUUGUAGUACAUCAUCCAACGAAA